AUGUUUAUUUGCUUUGAAGUUUACGUACGUUUUAACUGGGUGGGAGGUCACUGCCUCAGACUCAAGGAUAGUGAAGAUGCACUUAAAAGAGACGAUAAGCUACUAAUUCCUAGGGGUCGAUGUUGUUUGGUAGAUGCUGGUUUGCCUCAUACAAUUGAACUAAUGACACCAUAUAGAGGUGUCAGGUAUCAUUUGAAAGAGUAUUCUGCUCACCCCCCACUGAAUGCAAGAGAGUUUUUCAAUCUUCGACAUGCUUCUUUACGUAACGCGAUAGAACGAGCAUUUGGCAUUCUAAAAAGAAGAGUAUUCAUGACCAAAAGAGCAGCUGAUGGAAGUGUAGUGAAAAAAAAAUUGACAUGGAUAGAUCAUAUGGAUAAUAUUCUCGUUGAAGCUCUGGUAAAGGAAGAUCAACUAGGUAAUCGAGUGCAUGGUACAUUCACUUUACAAGCAUAUGGGAACAUGAUUGCAGGGAUGACUAAAGAGUUUAACAGACCUAUUACAAAAGAUCAAAUAAAAAACCGAAUGAAAACCUUAAAAGGUAAUUUUAGUAAAUGGUAUGAUAUGUAUCAGGGUACUUCGUUGAUUGGGUUCUCCUGGAAUUCUCACACAAAAUACAUUGAAGCAGAGGAAGAAGUAUGCGAACAGACAAACCCUUACAUUUGA